GCCGAGUACCCGGAGCGCUGAGGGCCGGUCCCACAGAGACGCGGCCAUGGCGGGCAAGGGGAUGCAGGGGUUUCUGCCGCCCUUCAAGCACUUCGCCACCGAUGCCGUCCACGCCGGCCAGGAGCCCGAGCAGUGGCGCUCCGGGGCCUUGGUGCCGCCCAUCUCGCUCUCCACCACCUUCAAGCAGCGGGCGCCCGGCGAGCACGCGGGUUAUGAUUACAUCCGGUCUGGGAACCCCACUCGGGACUGCCUGGAAAAGGCUGUGGCCACCCUCGAUGGAGCCAAAUACAGCUUGGCUUAUUCCUCUGGCUUAGCAGCUCUUUUGAACAUCUGUCACCUGCUGAAGGCAGGGGACACAAUCAUCUGCAUGGAUGAUGUCUAUGGAGGUGAGUACAGCACUCAGGGGCUUCAGCCUUCUUUCCCUGGGAACUCUCUGACCUGGAGUUUUUUUGGGUUUGUGCAGCUGGUUUGGCUCGAGACCCCCACGAACCCCACGCUGAAGGUGAUCGACAUCAGAGCCUGCGCAGACAUCGUGCACAGGCACCCGGGGGUGCUGCUGGCCGUGGACAACAGCUUCAUGUCUGCCUACUUCCAGCGUCCCUUGGCCCUGGGAGCUGAUAUUUGUAUGUCUUCUGCAACCAAGUACAUGAAUGGUGAGU